UACGCAUGCGCGGUGAACGUUUUUGUAUCUCUCGUCGCCGGUGCAUUCACAGAGCAGGAAAGUGGAACAGCAGUGAGGACAAUUUGUUUCUGUAACGUUAAUGUAAUUAAAAUUUUACAGGAUAUAAACUUAAAUUGGUUCUGUCAAUACACCUAAGCUCGAGCCUUGACUCAUGGCACAGUUUGGGGGACAGAAGAACCCUCCGUGGGCGGCCCAGUUUGCUGCCACAGUGGUGUCCCAGCCCGGCCACUCAGGACAGUCCCUGGACCUCAACAGCAUACACUCUCUAGGUGUGCAACAACCAUCUCUCUUGGGUGCGUCUCCCUCUAUGUACUCCCAGCAGUCAGCCCUGGCUGCAGCCUCCCUCAACUCCCAGUCGGCUGCCGCUAACUACCAGUUGUCCCAGCAGGCUUCAGCCCUGCAGCAGCAAGCCGCAGCCGCUGCCGCUGCAGCACUGCAACAGUCUCAAAUGAACUCGGCCCUGCAGCAGUAUCAGCAGCAACAACAGCAGCAACAACAACAGCAGCAGCAGCAGCAGCAGCAGCAACAGCAGCAGCAACAACCUCCUCCACAGCAGCCUCCUCCUCAACAACUCUAUAAUGUACCCCAUCAGCAACAUCAACAACAUACAGACUCAUACGGGCAACAUCAACAACACACAGACUUAUACGGGCUCCCCCAGCCCCAGCAAGCGCUGAUUUCACAGAACUGGAGUGGUGAAAACAAAUUCCCGCCCCCUGUGGCUCUCCCCACCAGCCUCUCUCUGUCCAACCCCCAGCAGACAGCCCAGAUCACCGUGUCCUAUCCCACGCCUCGCUCUAGCCACCAGCAGCAGAGCCAGCAGCAGAGCCAGCAGCAAAGCCAGCCCCAGAAGCAGCGCGUCUUCACCGGCGUGGUCAACAAGCUGCAUGACACCUUUGGCUUUGUGGACGAGGACGUCUUCUUCCAGCUCAGUGCGGUGAAGGGGAAGACCCCCCAGGUGGGCGACAGGGUCCUAGUGGAGGCCGUGUAUAACCCCAACAUGCCCUUCAAAUGGAAUGCCCAGCGCAUUCAGACCUUACCUCAGCUGGCCAACCAAUCGCUUCAGCAGCAGCCCCAGUCCUUACCUCCAGUUCCCCCACAGCUAAGCAGCUUCUAUGCUGACCCGGGGAUGCAUCAGCGCUACUCAGACAUGCACCCCGUUGGCAUGGACAGCAGACAAAAUAGUCAGCCUGGAGGCCCCAACAUGAUGAAACCGGGUCCCAACAUGCCCCAGUCUCUGCCUCCCCCCAACACUUUCAGUGUACAGGCCCAGGGCCCCCCUCCCCUGCUCCAGGCCCAGUUCUCUGCUGCCUCCCUGGCCCCGCUCCUCCUGAACCCCCCUCCGCCCCUGCUGUCACAGCCACCACCCAAAGAUGUGUUCUCAGGAGGUCUGCUCCAGCCCCCAAGGAGGAUGAUGCCUCAGCCAGUCAGGCGCCUGGACCCCUCCCCCCGCUUCCCCAACCGCAACGACCGCCCUGAACUCAUCCUCAGGACCAAGGAUGAACGCAGUCGUGAAAGAGACCGUGAGCGCAGGAGGUCCAGAGAGCGCUCUCCCACACGUAAACGCUCCAGGGACCGUUCUCCGAGACGUGACCGCUCCCCCCGCCGCCCUCGCAGGGUGGUGCCUCGCUAUACUGUCCAGUUCUCCAAGUUCAGCCUGGACGGUUCUAACUGUGACAUGAUGGAGCUGAGGAGACGCUACCAGAGCCUGUACAUCCCCAGUGACUUCUUUAAUGCUGUGUUCACCUGGGUGGAUGGCUUCCCCCUGCAACGACCCUUCCAGUUCGGCAACUACUGUAACUUCCACAUCAUGCACAAGGAGGUGGACUCUCUGGUCAAGAACACUGCUGUGCUGGACCCACCUGAUGCCAACCACACAUACAGCGCUAAGGUGAUGUUGCUGGCCAACCCCAGUCUAGAGGAGCUCUACCAUAAGUCCUGUGCUCUGGCUGAGGACCCCCAAGAACUUAGAGAUGCUUUCCAGCACCCCGCCCGCCUCAUCAAGUUCCUGGUGGGGAUGCGGGGUAAGGACGAGGCUAUGGCCAUCGGGGGCCACUGGUCCCCCUCCCUGGAUGGAGUGGACCCUGAGAAGGACCCGGCUGUGCUCAUAAAGACAGCCAUACGCUGUUGUAAGGCCCUCACAGGCAUAGACCUGAGUCUCUGCACUCAGUGGUAUCGUUUUGCAGAGAUUCGCUAUCAUCGCCCUGAGGAGACUCACAAGGGGCGGACAGUGCCCGCACAUGUGGAGACAGUGGUUUUGUUUCUCCCGGAUGUUUGGCAUUGUCUUCCUACCCGCUCAGAGUGGGAGGGGCUGUCGCGGGGACUCCGGGAGCAGCUGGCUGAGAAGCUGUCCGCCGAGAGGAAGGAGGCUGAUGGAGAACAGGAGGAAGAGGAGAAGGAUGAAGAAGAUUCGAAGGAGGUGACCACUCCCACACACUGGGCUAAGCUUGAUCCGAAAUCAAUGAAGGUGAAUGACCUUCGUAAGGAGUUAGAGUCCCGCUCCCUGAGCUCUAAGGGGUUAAAGUCCCAGCUGAUUGCCCGUCUCACCAAGCAGUUGAAGGUGGAAGAGCAGGUGGAGGAGGCCAAGGAGCCCGAGUUACCGGAGAGCCAGGCCCCGGAGGAGGAGGUGCCUCAACUUAUAGAGGAGGACAGAGAGGAGGAGGAAAGGAAGAAGCAGGAGGAGUUGGAGCGCCAGCGCAGAGAGAAGCGCUACGUCCUGCCAGACGAGCCCACCAUCAUCGUUCACCCCAACUGGGCGGCCAAGAGCGGAAAGUUUGACUGCAGCGUCAUGUCUCUGAGCGUGCUGCUGGACUACAGACUGGAGGACAACAAGGAACACUCCUUCGAGGUGUCUCUGUUCGCGGAGCUGUUUAAUGAGAUGCUACAGAGAGACUUUGGCUACAGGAUUUUCAAGGCCCUGGCCUCUGUGCCCUGCAAGGAUGACAAGAAAGACAAGAAGGUGAAGGCCAAGAAAGAGGCGGGGCAGAAAGAGGCGGGGCAGAAAGAGGCGGGGCAGAAAGAGGCGGGGCAGAAAGAGGCGGGGCAGAAAGAGGCGGGGCAGAAAGAGGCGGGGCAGAAAGAGGCGGGGCAGAAAGAGGCGGGGCAGAAAGAGGCGGGGCAGAAAGAGGCGGGGCAGAAAGAGGCGGGGCAGAAGGGGGAAGUGAAGAAAGGCGAGGAGGAGAACGGAGAGCCGGCGAUGAAGAAGGCAAAGGAAGAGGAACAGGAGAGGAAGAAGGAGGGCGAGGAGGAAGGCGAGAAGGAGGGCGAGAAGGAGGGCGAGGAGGGGGGCGAGGAGGGGGGCGAGGAGGGGGGUGAGAAGGAAGAGAAGGAGGUGCUGAAAAAGGAGGAGUCUAUAGAGGAGAAGGAGGAGGAUGAGAGCAACAACACCAAUGCUGAGGAGUAUGACCCUCUUGAGGCCGAAGACGACGACGAUGAAGAUGGUACACAUGAUAAAGACGAUGAGGACUCUAACGACAGGGACAGGAGAGACGACAGGAAGUCCAAAGAGGGGUCCUCUAAAGACAAGGAGAAGAAGCAGAUGGUGACCUACAACAAGGACCUGCUCAUGGCCUUUGUCUACUUUGACCAGAGCCACUGUGGAUAUCUACUGGAGAAAGACCUGGAGGACAUCAUGUACACUCUGGGGUUACAUCUGUCCAGAGCCCAGGUAAAGAAGUUGUUGAACAAGCCAGUGGUAAGAGAGUCGUGUUACUACCGUAAACUAACAGACGCAGCUAAAGACGAGGCAGCUCCUUCCUUCAGUGAAGGCCUGCUGGACAACCUGCUAGGUAACCGUGCGUUGCUGCCCAUGUUUGUCUCUCGUGGCCAGGCAGCGCUAGCAGAGGCUAGUGAGUCAGGAGGAGGCAGCAGUCUGAUAGUGUAUAAUGGAGCCAUGGUGGAUGUGGGCAGCAUGAUGCAGAAACUGGACAAGAGUGAGAAGGCCAGGGAGGAGAUUGAGCAGAAACUAAUGGUGCAGGACUCCAAAAUGGUCGAGGACACCAAGCAGAUCCUCCAGCUGGUAUCUGCUAAUAGAGUCCUGUCUAAAGAUCUGGAGGAGGUGAAGGGAACCCUGGGCCAGACAGAGAACAACCUCAGGACCACAGAGGAACAGAACACGGUCUACCACAACCAGCUUAGCAAGACACUUAACAACCUGGGCAAUGCCAUGAAUGAACUUCAGGGAGUCCUCAAGAAGGAGGUUCCCACAGAAGCCACCCCUGACCAAAUAUCCCAAACAACCAAUGGUUCAGAUGAAUUAAUGAAGGAGUUGGACAGUGAGUGAGUUGUCUAAUCAGACACGUUUCUUACCAACCUUGUAAAUAUGCGCUAAAAACAAGCAUCAUUUGAUUGAGUUUCAUUUGGACCCAUGGUUGUUGUUUUCCCCCACCAGGACCAUGUAUAGAUUCUCAUUGUUUGAAUCCUAAAUGGCAUUCUAUUCUUUUUGUAUUUCAUUGCUUUUGAUUGGAACCUAUAGGGCUCUAGUCAAAGUAGUGUACUAUAUAGGGAAUAUAGUUCCAUUUGGGACAGGCAUUCACUUAAUUGGUUCUAAUGUUUUCAUGUAACCUCACUGUUUAAUUGUUUUGAUAUCAUUUACAGUUUGAUUCUCUGUUAUUAUAAUGCAUUCUAAAAGUGAUAUUUAAAAAAUGAUUUUUGUUAGAAAUUGUGUGCAUGGCAUUGUGAAGUGCUUCUUUGUUUACGGUAUUAGUUUUAGAUUUCAGUCGCUUCCUCAAUUGAUGAUGAUCAUUUGAAUGUUUUGUUUUAUUCUGUAUUGCCCGUUCAUUGCCUUGCCCAAAUAGUACCACAAUGUUGAUCCCAGUAUGUGUGACUUGUACAGGGUUCUCUCCGGGAUUUUUGAACAAGGUUGUACUGCUGAGUAUGGUGGCAGGGGGCAGAUUUUUGCUUUUUUUAACACCUCGAACUGCCAUUUUCUGUAAUCAAGAGAGAGAGAAAAUUGGCUUAAAUUACAACAAAUAAAGAGAAUUUACAUAAUGGCGCAACCAGUCUACAAGGUGGCACAGCACCCCUCUUACAUUCUUAGGGGAGAACCCUGGUUGUACGUACUUCUAAUUAGCAAUAAUGGUGUUAUUUAUGUUCAAGUGGAUUCAUAAAAAAUAUAUUUAAAAUAAACUGAUAUUUGAAGGGGAGGUUUCAGGGAUUAGGACCUUGAAGAAACUGUUUUUGAUGAGUCAACAGAAUUGCUUUAUCACAUGUUCCUCUUCUCUCUUAACUCUGUUCUACUGACGGCUGAUCAUAAAACUCAUGAGUUAUUCUGUAUUUUCUACUGUUAUUCUUUGUAACUGACUGGCUGCCAUUGUUCUGAGACAUGAGUCGUAUUCAUUAGGGAACAACGUAGCAAAGCGUUUUGAAACGGAACACGAGAAUGAGAUUCUUAUUGUAUAUGUUCAGAUAGUAUCUCCCUGUUUCGGCCCGGUUGCUUCCGUUUGGUGCCCAAUAAAUACGACCAUAGUUUUGCAUGCAGCUCCUUAUGUGAAACCUCAGUCUCUGAGGCCUAUUCCAGUAACAAGCUUUGUUUAUCCCAGGAGUUGUGAGACCAUGGUAGUAAGUGUUAUGUCCACGUUGGGAUUGUUUAGUGUUUUGGUUUAUUGUUAAGGGAAGUAAAUGCAUAGCCAAACCAUAAACGGACUGUCUCCACUAACAUCAAAAGAAAUGCAGCCUCAGGUCUGGUCCUGCCUUUUGACCACAGAUAUAAUGGUUCUGAUUCUAGAUUAAAACCGUAUGAGAAUACUACUGGAGUUCUGUUGUAAAAUUCUGGAUGUUCUAGAAGUUCUGUGUUUUCUGUUAUUGGGUUGUUGUAGAACUGUGAGGAGCUAUGAUUCUGUCCCUCUCUUCUCAGAUGAAGGUUGUGCAACAGGGAUGAUGAUGGUGGUGAUGAAUUCCUGGAUGAGAGAAAAACUUGAGAAAUGAGCCCAAAGCAGCCUAGUGCAUUUAAUUUUUCUAUUGAAAAUUGACUAUGGUUGUCCUUUGCAGAAUUAAAGUGGUCAAUUUUA